AUGGCUGCCCUGGGCGAGGACUUGCUCACCACCGUCAACAAGCUGCAAGAUUUGGUCUUCAACACCAUCGGCAGCGACUCCCUUGACCUCCCACAGAUUGUUGUGGUCGGCUCACAGUCGGCUGGUAAAUCGUCGGUUCUAGAAAACAUCGUCGGCCGGGACUUCCUGCCCAGAGGAAGCGGCAUCGUCACCCGCCGGCCCCUGAUCCUGCAGCUCAUCAACGUCCCCGAGGACGACAGCGCCCCCGAUCCAACGCUCGACCCGUACCGAUCACCAGCCGCCGCCCGGCGAUCCGAGUGGGCCGAGUUCCAUCAUAUCCCUAACCGACGUUUCAAUGACUUUUCCGAUGUCAAGCGAGAGAUUGAGAAUGAAACCACACGAGUCGCCGGUAGCAAUAAGGGCAUCAACAGGCAGCCCAUCAACCUCAAAAUCUACUCUCCCCAUGUUCUUAACCUGACCCUGGUUGAUUUGCCAGGUCUGACAAAGGUGCCUAUUGGUGAUCAGCCCACCGAUAUCGAGAAACAAACGAGAAACCUGAUUUCCGAGUAUAUCGCCAAGCCCAACAGUCUUAUUUUGGCUGUGUCGCCGGCCAAUGUCGACAUUGUUAACUCGGAGGCGUUGAAGCUCGCCCGACAUGUGGAUGCCCUUGGCAGAAGGACCAUCGGUGUACUGACCAAACUGGACCUGAUGGACCAUGGUACGAACGCGCUCGAUAUCCUUUCUGGCCGUGUCUACCCCCUGAAGCUUGGAUUCAUUGGUGUUGUCAACCGGUCGCAGCAGGAUAUUCAAGGCAACAAACCCAUGGAGGAGGCUCUUCAGGCAGAGAUGGACUUCUUCAAGCACCAUCCGGCCUAUCGCAACAUCUCCAACCGAUGCGGUACGCAAUUCUUGGCCAAGACCCUCAACUCCACACUUAUGUCGCAUAUUCGAGAGCGGUUGCCAGAUAUCAAGGCUCGUCUGAAUACGCUUAUGGGCCAGACUCAGCAAGAGCUGGCUAGCUACGGUGACAUGGCCUUUAGUGGCAAGGAGCACCGUGGCUCGCUCAUCCUGCAACAAAUGACUCGCUUUGCAACCUCUUUCAUUUCUUCCAUAGAUGGCACUUCAACGGAAAUUUCUACUAAGGAGUUGUGCGGUGGUGCCCGAAUUUACUACAUCUUUAACUCUGUCUUUGGCAGCUCGCUUGAAUCCAUCGAUCCUACUUCUAAUCUUACUGCCCUGGAUAUCCGCACCGCCAUCCGGAACUCGACCGGUCCUCGACCCAGCUUGUUCGUUCCCGAGAUGGCUUUCGAUCUGCUGGUUAAGCCCCAGAUCAAACUCUUGGAAAUCCCCAGUCAACGCUGUGUCGAGCUUGUAUAUGAGGAGUUGAUCAAGAUCUGCCACACCUGUGGAUCUACUGAACUCUCGCGAUAUCCUAGAUUGCAAGCCAAGUUAAUCGAAACGGUAUCCGACUUGCUCCGGGAGAGACUUGGCCCCGCCUCUUCCUACGUUGAAUCUCUCAUCUCCAUUCAGCGGGCGUAUAUUAAUACCAACCAUCCCAACUUCCUUGGUGCCGCCGCAGCCAUGAGCAAUGUUGUCAGCGCAAAACAAGAACGUGAACGAAAACGUUUGAUCCAGGAAGAGCGAGAGCGUCGGGAAAAGCGCCGGCUCAAGGAGCUCGGCACCAAUGGAGAGCCAACAGAGGAUGGGGAAGAUGGCAGUGUCACAGAGAAGGGCGAGAAUGGCCGCAAGCAGAACUCCAAAUCUGGCCGGAGCCUGUCACCCGCUGUUCAUGAGAAUGCUCAUGGAAGCCUUGCCGCUGCUGUCAAUGGCAUUCGGCCUAACUCUCCUUCACGGGUUAACGGUCAAGGCUUGGGUGCCAGGGAUACUUUUUUGAACUAUUUCUUUGGCAAGGAUGGCGCUACUCUGCAGAGUGCCCUGCCUGGCAGCCAUGCAAACUCUGGCAGGCACAUCAGCCAGUCUUCUGAGCCAAGCAUAUCUCAGUCUAUUCGCCGAGAAGAGAGGGUUGCACUACGACCUGCCCCCUCCCACUCUCAAGUUGACGAGUAUGAUCCCACUGGACGAAGCUACGGCCUUGCGUCACAUCUUGGUGAAUCUAACGAGCCCGCCAUGACCGAUCGUGAGGUUAUGGAAACUGAGCUCAUCCGAGCUCUCAUCUCUUCCUACUUCAACAUUGUCCGAGAAUCUAUUGCCGAUCAAGUGCCUAAAGCUAUCAUGCAUCUCCUGGUCAACCACUCCAAAGAUGUUGUUCAGAAUCGCCUUGUCAGCGAGCUAUAUAAGGAGAGUUUGUUCGAGGAGCUCCUGUACGAGGACGAUGGUGUGAAGAAGGAGCGCGAGAAGUGCGAGAAGCUCCUCCAAACAUACAGGGAAGCCGCCAAGAUUAUUGGUGAAGUUUUAUAA